AUGUUAACGACCAGAGCUGUUCCUUCACUGGGAAGCCGACCACCACCACAGCUGGAUUCUACGAGAUUUGCAACCCAAACAGUGGUGAAAACUAUCCAUAGAAAGAAGGCGAACUUUUUUCAUCUUCGCGGAUGUUUGACUUUUGGAAGACAGGUAGCAACGCAGUAUGUACUAGGAAUAAUUCCGCGCCGCGAGGACAACGAGAAGUUACGCGCGGCUCAGAAAGGAACCGCAUGAAAUCAUUGUCCUUCACGAAAUGAGCCUAGGCGGAUGUUUUUGUUUAUUUUGCGGCGACAGAAGCUAUGUUUUGCAUACCUACGAUCCUUGCGACGAUUAAGUACAUCACACGACCAUGGAAAGAUUUUUCUGUUUUCUAUGGAUAGUGAAGGGCUUUUGUUGCCCGGUACUCCCGGUGACCUCGACGAAAGCAGUGCUGUUGGGUCCGUGGCAGUAUGCAUUGCAAACAUGUCUUGGAGGAGGUCUGGAAGAAAAUUGUGAUGCGGAGUUGUGAAUCACUGGAAGAGGAGUUGAUAGUGCCGGAAAGUACGAGAAGUUGUUAGAGCGCUCUCUCAUGAGUGCAUGACAUUGUGUGUUUUCGCAUGACGACAGAGGCUGCGCUUUUGUCGAUUAUGCAAUGUAGUUUUUUCAGGAGAUGAUGGAAGUAGUGCCAGACGGGCAUGACAAGCUUCACUCUUGUCCCAGACCCAGACGCGGUAGUUGCAAUUCUUGAUACAGAGGCGAGAAAGCCGAGAGUCAAACGGGUAAAAGCGUCGCCACGACAAGGACCCGUCCAACCACCCCGAAAUUUGACGAAAAAACGGUAUGGAUUGUAAAAAUGUCUGGGUCUGGAAACUUGUGAUGCUGGUCGGCGUAUCAUGAAGAGGCCACAAGUGCUGGCUCAGCAUGACAAGGUUUUGAGCUUCUAGGUGUUGCCUAUUCUGCAUGACAAACAGCGUUUCUGCAUGACAGCAGAGUGGGGCUCUUGGGUAACGUGCAUGACAGAUUCAAGAGUCGUGCCAGACAAGCAUGACAAACAUGCACUCUUCCAGACCCAGACAUAUUUGCAUUCGAUAAACGGGGGCCUACCGCAUUUUCCCGAAGGAAGGCCGGGCGACGAAGACAGAAGUGCCCCUAUAUGCCUUGCAAAUAUGUCUGGGUCAUUUGUAUUGCGGAGGCCAGUGUAACGUUUGUCGUGGCGGAUAAAGAUAAUUGCACUUUGUUGUCACCUGCACAACACGGAGGUAGCACUCGCAAUAACGCCCGGAAAACCUGUGAUGCUGUCAUGCCGUACGACUACGAAAUUGCACGACUCAGCAUGGUGACAACAAGUCGCGUGCUUUUCCGCAGACCCAGACAUAUUUUUGCACCGGAUAAUAUCCUACAACCUAAUGAUACAACUACCUGUAGUUUCCCAGAGACGUCGGCAGGCAACGACGGCGAGGCCGGCCCAGGAGAUGCGAGCAGCAGCGCUGUGGCGAAGAAAUCUACCCUGUGGCCUUCCGUAUCCUGUGUGAAAUUGCUUCUCCCACACCUCCGUCGACGACCGUUUCCUUGUCAUGCAAGUCUCAUCGUUUCGAUCGUGCAGGUGCAAAGCAUGUACGAUGCAAAUGCAAGAAGUUGUGAUGCGGGCACGCUAGCGACGUCGACGUGAUGCGCCGGACGCUGUCGUCCUCACGUACUAGUAUGAGUUGCAGAAUCGCCCUUGUUGUACUGAUUUGCAUGGGGAGGGGUGGUAUCAAAUGCAAAAAUGUCUGGGUCUGGAAGAGUCCGAACUUGUGAUGCUGCAUUUGGAUUCCAAAAAAUGACCAGCAAAGGGAAUCGAUUUUGGCUACGCGGAGAGGGCAUUUGUCAUGCGGAAUAGGCAUUACGAAGCCCUCAAAAAGUCUGUGAUGCUAGGGCAUUCAUCACAGACUUCAUGGCCAUGCAAAACGUGCAUGGCAAGUUAUAAACACGGCAGCCGGAUGCAAGUUAUAAACACGGCCAUGCAAAACGUGCAUGACAACACGGCAGCCGGAUGUCCGUGACCUGGUUAUAAAGGGCUUCGUCGAUCGAUUGUGCCACUAGGGCCUUGUGUUCUGGCUACUCCGGAUCGCAAUCGAUGGAGGGCGGGACCUGCACCGGCGACAGGCGCUAUCCAACCAACCAACCAACCAACCAAGUCUCAGAAUCUUCCAGACCCAGACAUCUUUGCAUUUGAUAUGUGAGAGCGGUUUGAAACAGGAUUUGCCGUCGAAGAUAUUCUGGACCAGGCGAAAUGAGCCUGUGCCCUUGUAUGGGGUUUAGUUCACUACACGGCGACUGGUGGGAGGAUGUAGUGCAACCAAAGAAAGAGCAGCUUGUUGGCGACUACACACGACGGCUUGCGCGGCCGUCGGGUGAAUUCGGUCGAACAAGUGUCCUGCGUUUAUUACAGAAAGAUACUACAAGAACAUCUAAACAGGUUUUCUUUAUUCGUCAUCUCUAUCACAGUGAUAGUCAGAUAUGUAUCAAAUGAUUGAAGAGAUGAACAACAACAAAUUGCACCAGUCCAGCUUUGCGCGCUGAUUUCUUUUGUUUCCGCGUCCCCAAAGGACGGCGGCUUGACAAGUAUCUUAAUCUCGACGCCCAAACGGAUUGUUCGUGGUCCUCACGGGUCGUGAUGAUGGUUCUAGUUCGUGGUCACUUGCAGCUCAUAUUCAGAACAUCCUUUUGAGCACCUGCACUGGGUUGUGCGAAACUAUUGGUACACACGACUAAGUAGCGGAAUACGUGCGAUGAAGCUGUGGCGCUUGCAGCAUUUUCUGCAGUAGGUACAGAAUGUCUGUGUGCUUGUGAGGAAAUUGUCAUGUUACUCGUUCAAUUCUUGUCGUGGGUGGUGAAGUGUCUAAGUUACAUUUGCCUGAUUGUGAUUGGAAGUACUUGAGUAAGUACUUAAUAAAUAUGAAGUUGAGCAGGAGUUUGGUUUUCGAUGCGGAAAGAAAACGC